CAAUAUUAGGUGAGUUCUGUGAAGGACCAAGUUAAUUAUACAUGAAAAAGUAGAAUUUUCCUUUAAGAAAAUAAUAGGCGAAAUUAAUUAGGUAGUUGAAGACAACACCCCUUCCCUUUCCUCUACUUUCAAACCGUUGACUUUCUUAUUAAGCUCUUGUUUCAGAAUUCUGUUGCAUCUUCUCUUUCAGAUUGGCCAUGGCCUGGCCACUAGUCUCUGCCUUCCCUAGGAAGAUGCUCAAGAACCUUCAAAAUCAAGAAACCAUGGAGUUUCUUCAUCAGUCUUUGCUGACCGUUGCUGCUGUCGCCGACGACGCUCAAGAGAAUCUCUUCGCCACAACUUCAACCUUAAGCAAUAACAUGGUAGAGUGGCUUUGUCACUUCCAAGAUAUCAUGUACCUUUUGGACGAGCUUCUCUGCAAAUUCGAUUCUGGAAAAGCAAUAGCAACAACAGUUGCAGAUGCUAAACGUGAAUUUGAGUUCGUCCUUCGAAGAUUUGAAACCAUAACAAACCAGAAGCAUCUUCUCUUCUUGACCGAGAAACAAGAACAACUAUCUUCUUCUCCUUCUCAGAAUCUAAGAAGAGAUAAAGAGAUGAAUGAGAUGGUUGACCUUUUACUCUCCGAUCGAGAAAAUACGCCUGUGAUUGCUGUGGUUGGAGCGGCAUGGACCGGAAGGGACACUCUUGCUAACCUCGUUUACUACCAUGGCAGAGUCAAGGCCUGUUUCGAACUUCGAGGUUGGGUUGACUUUCAAUGGGAUCUUGAUUCCGAGAGUUUAGCUAAGAUAACUCUUGAUAGUUUCAAUCAAGAUUUUCACUAUGAUGAAAGUCUACCAGAACUGAUUGAUAGACUGCACAAGUGCUUGCAGGGGAAGAAGGUUCUUCUUGUUUUGAACGGUUUUCGAAAUCUUUCUGGCUGGGAAGCCCUUUGGUCAUGUUUUUCUGAUGCUGCAGGCAAGGGAAGUGCGAUAAUACUCACCACAUCAGAGCUGGACGUUGCGUUCGAGAUGCUUUCAGAUCAUGUUUUGUCAUUGGAAGAUUCCUUGUUUGAUCUUGUUGAUGAAAAGAAUGAUCCACAAGGCUUUUCUAUUAUGUGGACCGGAAAGUCUCUUUAUCAUCUAGUUCGCCUCGAAAUUGUAGGCUCUUGGAUAUCAUAUUUGCCAGAUGAGAUUGGAGAACUAAGAUUUCUUGAAUACAUUGACCUCUCUUUCUCUGAAAUUCGAGCAUUGCCGGACUCAAUAGGCAUGCUAUCUAGUUUGGAAACAUUGAAGUUGGCUUUCUGCUGCUAUCUCCGAGAGCUGCCAAGUACCAUGGAAGAUUUGGUUAACUUGCGUUACCUUGAUCUAAUGGGAACCAAGCUGCUAGAUAUGUCCUUAAAGCUUGCAAGUUUCAACAACCUCCAAACCUUGAUUGGCUUCACGGUCAACAUGAAUUCUGGGGAAAAUUUGACAGAGUUGGCAACUAUAUCGGAUAUCCAAAUGCUAAGCAUCACAGAGUUGCAGAACAUUGUGGAAGCUAGGAAUGCUGCAGAAGCCAAAUUGAAAGAAAAGAGGCACUUGGAAGAUCUUGUCUUGAGAUGGAAUCAGCUGCGCUUUGCUGAAUGCGAGCAAGCACUAGAAUAUUUGGAGCCACCAAAACAGCUAAAAGUGUUGGAGAUUUCAGGCUGUCCUGAUAGAAGAUUUCCAUACUGGUUAGGAGACGCCUCGUUUGCGAAUUUGAGGGUGAUUUGUAUUUAUGACUGUAAGAAUUGUGAGUUCUUGCCACCACUUGGACAGCUUUCGUCUCUUGAAGAGCUAUAUAUUCGAGGGUGUGGCAAUGUAAGAUCAGUAGGCAAUGAAUUCUAUGGACAGUGUUCUUUGCAUGUUCCAUUUAAGUCCUUGAAGAUCCUGUGGUUUGUGGACAUGCCUAGUUGGAAAGAAUGGAUCCUCUUAGAUGAUCAAAGUCUUCAGUUUCCAUGUCUCCACGAGCUUUACUUGAUACAAUGCCCACAGUUGCUGCAAGACUUGCCUAAGUGCCUUCCUUCUCUUAAAAAGCUUGAAAUAUUUCAAUGUGAUCGCCUCGUGUCUCCACUACCUAAGAUACCUCAUCAAGUCCAUGACUUGAUGGAACAGAAAGAGGAACAAGAACAAGGCUGCACUGAGAUUCUUGCAACAAGUGUGACUCAAGUGACUUCAGAAUCCUCCUCACACCAUGCCACAAUUAUAAUGCCUCCUAUCGCAAAUGGUAAGAAUGAUGAAUUAGUUUCAGAUGAUGAUGGAGGCAUGGUAGAUUUUGAGUCUUCUUUUGAAAUUGUGAAGAUUGCAGAUGCAUCAGAGCUGUGCAACUUGACAUCCAGAAUAAAAAGCCUAAGAAUUGAAGGUUGCCAGUUCCUUGAGUCCCUACCAGAUGAAUUUCUAAAAGAUUGUUCAAAUAUCAGAGAGUUAUUUUUUAUUGAUUGUUACUCUCUCAAGAACUUUUCUGAUGUUCUGCACCCCAGUUCCCUGAGAACAAUUUAUAUCCACAAAUGCCCAAAUUUAGAUUUCCUCAUUCCUCUCGGAACACACAAGAAAUUUGCAUUCUUGGAAUAUCUUUGCAUAAGUAGUAGCUGCGAAUCGCUCGCCUCCAUAUCCAUAAACCUUUUCCCGAGACUCAGAACUCUUUAUAUCAAGGAUUGUCCCAAACUAGAGUUAUUUUCAAUAACUGAGGAACUUCGUGAUCGAAAUCUGAAACUUGAGUCGUUGGAAAUCCGGGACUGUCCUAAUCUGAUAUCCUUUCCAGAAACAGGAUUGCCAACUCCUUACCUUAAAUCAAUAUCAAUAUCUAAUUGCAGAAGGUUGAAGUCACUGCCUAAUCAUUUAGCAUAUCUUACAUCACUUCAAUCAUUGCUUAUAGACAAAUGUCCAGAACUUGAAUCUUUUCCUGAAGGGGGCUUGCCAUCUAGUUUAAGUUUACUUUCUAUCACCUUUUCUGACAAACUUGCACCUCAAAAGGAGUGGAAGUUGGAUACACUUCCCUCAUUAACUCAUUUUGAGAUUGAAAGUGGAUGCAUUGGCAUGAAGUCAUUUCCGGAUAAGGACUUUUUGCCAAGAAAUCUCAGGUCUUUACGCAUGAGUAAACUUUUGAGUCUCAGAAUUUUGAAUGGCACAGGGUUUCAGCAUUUGACAGCUCUUGAGACAUUGGAGAUCAACUGUUGUCAUGGGCUAUAUUCCUUGCCAGAAGGGCUGCCAUCAUCCUUGACUCGUCUUUGCAUCAAAGAGUCCCCAAUAUUGUCCCAGAAACUCUUGCAUAGAGCGGGAGCGGAGUGGAGCAAGAUAGCUCAUAUUCCCAACCUACAAAUUGAUGAAGUUAAAAAAGAAGGGGAAAUCCCUGAACAAAAACAAAAAUUCGGGGAAAAGAGAUUUGUAACAAGAUCAACAUAUUUGGAGGGAGGAAAAGGCAUCUUAGAUGGAGAAAGCCUUAAAAGCCAAAAAUUGGAUCAAAGAAGGAAAAGGAUGCCAAUGGUGUCAGAUGUAUCCUAUGAAUCAGACUGGAGCAAGAUAGCUCAUACUUCCAACCUUCAAAUUGGUGAUGGAAUCAAAGAAGCAGAAAUGGAAACCAUGUUUGUAACAGGAUCAAUUGAAUUGGAAGCCAGCAGCUUAAAGGGUGAAAGUGUGAACAAAGAUGAAAAAAGCUUUGCCAGCCAGCAAUGGGACCUAAGUUUAGUUACAAAGAAAAGGAUGCCACCAACAUUAAAAGGUUUCUACGACCUUCAACCUGAUGAUGAAGUAGUUAAAAAAGGUAGAGGAGGCCGAGGCCGCGACCAUGACCCUGCCAGAUUAGAUGACACUUGGACCUCAUCAAUGGAAGCAGAAGUUCAAACUGUCCAUGGAAUCUCAAAGAACCCUUUCAGCCACAUAACUAGCAAGGGAAAAGAUAGAUAUUUGGAGGAUUUCACCCUGCAAAAGUUGCUUGAAUUGACCGAAAACUUCUCAGAAGACAAAAUGAUUGGGAGAGGAGGCUUUGGAUCAGUAUACCAUGCUACACUGCAAGAUGGUAAGGAAGUUGCAAUAAAAAGAGCUGAAAUCUCUCCCAACUAUGAAGAUGAGAAGGAGUAUGGCUUUGUGAAUGAGCUUCAGAUUCACUCAAGACUCCACCACAACAACCUGGUUGGGCUAUUAGGAUUCUGCCGUGACGCGAAUGAGCGCAUCUUAGUAUAUGAGUACAUGAACAAUGGCAGCCUCCAUGAUCAUCUCCACAGCCACCAAACUUCUUCUGUUCUAAUGUCAUGGCCGGCACGGAUCAAGGUAGCACUAGAUGCAGCAAGGGGGAUAGAGUACCUCCACCACUAUGCUAUCCCACCAAUCAUUCAUCGCGACAUAAAGUCAUCCAAUAUAUUAUUGGAUUCCAAGUGGACAGGCAAAUUGUGUGAUUUUGGAAUCUCAUUGAAGGGUCCUGAAGAUGAGGACACACAUCUUUCAGUUGAAAUAGCUGGCACACCAGGCUACUUGGACCCUGAAUACUACCUAACUCAAAGGCUAACUACAAAGAGUGAUGUUUAUAGUUUCGGAGUUGUUUUGCUAGAAAUACUAACUGGCCGAAAAGUCAUACAUAGAGCUGAUGAUGGGGAGCGAAUACAUUUGGCAAGUUUUGCAGUACCUUACAUUGAUCAAGAUGAGAUUUUCAAGGUUUUGGAUCCAAGAAUGCCACCCCCAAAAGCUGCUGAGGAGUAUGUGGGGUAUUUAGCAGCAGAAUGUGUGCGCGCAGCGCCUCGAGACAGGCCAACUAUGGCUGAAGUUGUAAUUCACUUGGAAAGAGCAUUGGCUGCUUGUUUGGCCGUACCAGCAAUAUGAAGGAAGGUCCACCAUUACUUCUUUUAUAAGUUUAGUACAAAAUUCAUGUCCAUUUCAUAGUUACAAACUUGCAAAAGUAAUUUUAGUAUCAUCAAAUCAAAUCAACAGUUAUUCUGUCAUAAUAAAGUUUCUAACACAAACUAUUAAUCCUAGCUCCAUUUUAAACAAUCAUGGUAGAACAAACCCGUCUGUAAAUUCUAUUCCAAAGAAAAAGUGUUUGUGUUGCAUGGAUGAUUAGGUGGCA